AUGUCCGCUUUCUAUCCGAUAGGAGAUGUUUUGUCAAAAACAGGAGAGCGACUGGCAAUACCGCUUUGCCUUCCGAACAAUUGUAGGUGGGAUUCGAAGAAGAGUCAGUACCUUCAAACAGGGGAGAAGCGUCACUCGCUGUAUGUUGUGGAAGAAGCCCUUGAAAAGUUGAGGAAGAUUAAAGGUACGCUUUUCACUAAAGUGCUGUAAUUGUGCGAUCGACCUGUUAAGAGUAAAAUAAAAAAGUUAGGUUUUCAAAAAAUCAUGGUUAAAUGAUAGAACUCAACAGAGUUGGCCUAUGGCACAGCUGUUAACAAAACGACACGUACACUCUGUUUGAACGCAGAAUCGCUAAUUUUAUCAUAUACAUUAUAUCUUCUAGGUCCGGUAUGUGUAGUAUCUAUUGCCGGCCCAUACAGGAAAGGAAAGUCAUAUAUUCUAAGUGAAGGAUUUGAUCAGCCACAAGUAUUUCCUCUUGGACAUCACAUGGACCCUGAAACAAUGGGAAUCUGGAUUUGGAUUGUACCCUGGAAUCUUCAAGGUUAAUUCAAAACUACGUUGUCAUUUAAAUCAGUAAUAUUGCAAGUAGCCAUUCAUAUGAUAUGUUUGUAAUUACUUUAAAGGCAAUAAUUCUUAGUUAAUUGAGGAGGCUUUUUGUCCCCUUUCCCCAUUUUACGCCUGCUACAGCAGCCAUGUGUCAAAGACGCACACGGAUAAAGGCAUUCUUCACACGCCUGAGAUCUGAAGUCCAAUAUACAACACCAAUCCUCCUUGUAACAUUUUUGUUUCCUUUCUGUGUGGGACCAUUAGGAAAGAAAAUCACCCAGCCCUCGACAGAAAAAGCAAAACGACUAAGAAAUUGCAAACGCUGAUCUUCUACAGUCCUAACUCGUACAAAACUUACCUACAUGUUUUUGUGCAUUCUUAAUAUGCAUGAUUCCAUUGAUGUUUUCCUCUAGGACUCCAGGGGCCAGAAGUUCACCGUGGUAUUACUUGAUUCCGAGGGAAUUGACUCUGUUACCGGUGAAGGACUCGAUGACAACCAGAUUUUUACUUUGACAGUAUUGCUGGCAUCGGUUCUAAUAUACAACUCACAGGGUGUUCCUACCCGGCGAGAUCUCGAAGGACUUGAGUAUCCUUAAACAUGAUAUUAAGUAUUAAAGUCUCUUCUUUUUCGUAUACAGGAUCACGCUACCGUGGCACUUUUAAAACAUUUUUGAUUUUUAUUGGUUAUGCACGAUAUAAGAUAUGAUAUGUAUAUGAUGUAUAUCAUAUGAUGUGAUAUAUUUUAGCAGUUACUCCAUGAGUGCGCGUUGGAUGUGAGAUGGUAGAGGCCAACUAGGCGCGUAGCGCCGAGUUGCCUGUAACCAUCUCAUAUCCAACAAGCGCGAGUGGUAAUAAAAACGUCCAAAAAAUAUCGAGAAUUCUUCCCUACUUUAUUUGUAAAACAACCGAUUUUCAGCUUGUUUUUAAUUUUGAGCAGACGCGUACAAAUACCAUAUCUGGAGAGCAUGGUAUAAUGGCUCAUAUACCAUGAUGGUUAAGCCAAUUAGAGCUCUAAAAUUGCAUUAUCCAAUAAAUAUAUAACAAUUAUUCACUGUAGUGGAGAUGGCUAGUGAUGAUGGAUAUUUAACGAGGCCGCGAAGCGGCAAGGUGGAUAGCCACCGACACUAGCCAGCGACACUGAGGUGAAUAAUAGUUUUAGUAUAUACUAAAACAGUGAGUUAAUUGAGCCCCAAAAUGAUGAUUUUUAACUCAUUUACUGUUGCCAACGGUUACAAUUUUGGCCCGCAAUGACCGAACGGCCGCGGUCGUCGCUUUUCGUUUGCCGACAAAUAAAACUUUGUUUGUAAACAUUUGUUUAGCUCUUGCGGGGAAAUUUCUUCAAAAGGAGUUGUGAAUUCGUUUUGCAUUUAAAACAAUUCUGAAAAAAAGAUUAUUAAAUUUAGUUUUAAGAUUAUUUAUAAACAAGUCAAACUAACGCAAGACUUUGUAAACAAAAAACGUUUUCACCUGUUUUAUCGAUGAAUUCAAGUCAAAGCUUUACCUGUUAAAACUUCCAAACCGAACUUCGUCACCUUCUUCGUGUAUGUCGGGAACAGCUUGCUUGAUUACUUGUGAAAUUUCUCUGUUUCAGUACGGCAGCAAACCGGGAAGGCAUUUUGUUCGCAACUUACGCGAGUUUGAGGUCGCUCGCUCGGAGGAACUGGAGGUGAAUCAGUGAAUAGUGCAGGAUAUUCACUGAUUUAGUAGCCAAUCAGAGCUCGCGAAAAACACUAUCCACUGUUUUAGUGAAUACUAAAUAUAUUUAAGCAACAGACCACACUUUCUAUGGGUUUACCGGCGUGAUAACCCAUGAGGGAUGUUGGGAGAACACGAGAAAAGCUUGUAAAUCACGAGCCGAAGAAUGUAGUUUUCUUUAACCAUUACCCAGGUUUAUUGUUAAGUUAUCCCAGCGCAUCGAGGUACGAUCAAAAACAAAAAGUGUUGCUGGAAAAAGACACCAGGACUCAGAGUUUUUUCAUAAAACAUUUCCUUUCUUUAUCUGGCUGCUGCGAGACGUUGCCCAGGAAAUCCCACGAGAUUGUCGCAACAUCAAGGACUACUUUCUCAAGAAGGUAAACCUAUACUUAUUAAUAGGUAAUAGCUAGGAUGACGCAUUUUAAAUUACUUUAGGCAAAAUGCAUGACGAUGCCAAGAAUCGACGGAGGUGUUGCAAUGAUAAAAAUGCAUAUAGGUAGAUUGGCUAUGUAAAGGUUUUUGAAAUAGUAAGUUAUGAUUAUGGUAAUUUCUGGUCUGGAACCCAGCAAAUGAAGAUUUUCUUACCUUUUUUACACAGAUUAGUAAAAGGUUUGCUUCUCGUUAGGCUAAUUAUUUUCAGUUUCAGGUGCAUAGUUUAGAAAGAAGUGUAAAUAUUUUUACCAUGUAUUUGAGUCAUAAUUUUUGCAAAGGCCUGUUGAAGUGUUCUGCUAUUUUCUCGAGCUACAUCGGGUCCGCCACCUCUCUGUCUUAACAUGACGUCAUCAUCCAAUAAUUUUUCUGUUUUUUUUUUAUGAUAAAUGAAUACAGAGCUCCAGUUAAGUAAUGCAAAAACUAUUCCAAAUCCUCAAAUAUUGAUCAGGGCAAGCUAAUGGGGAAGAAAAAGCCGGGGAAAUUAACCCUAUUCAGACUGGCCUUGUUUUUCUUCAUGCGACCGAAGGGGCGGAGGAGGGGGUGCUCGCCCCCUAUAACUUCAAAAACCGCUCAUGCUAUGUCCACCAUAGUUACACAGAAUAAUGUACUCAUCAUUUUCAACUUCUGGGUAUAACUUGAUGGGCAUAAUGACGUUAUCUGACGUGACAUCAUGAUCAUGACGUCAUAAUUCUGAAUUUAGAUAAUUCAAAAUGGCGGAUCCAAGAUGGAGGAUGCUUCCUGUUCCUUUUUUCGUAAUAAAUGACGUUAUCAUGAUAUCACUGUAACUGUUAAUGAUCAUUUAUGUGUUAGCUAACUUCUUGACUUUAUCAGAAGCCUUACUUUUUAAGUAUUUUUCGCUUAAUGCCUACUUUGAGGGAAACUUGGAUUCCGCAAAUAUGUUCAGCAUUAUGAAGUCAUGAUGACGUCAGAUUAAAACCCCUAUAAAUCGAGGUAUUCUUAAUAGAAAACGUGAUCCGCGUAUAAAAGGAUGCUGAGCAAUGAAAAGAUCUGCAAAAUGUGAAAUUUUGAAAGAAAUGAACACGAUUGAAAAUUUAAACUCAGCAUCUGCCAUUUGAUCAUAUUAAACUUUUUUUUUUUCAUGCUAGUCAUUAAAAGGCCGAGAUUUCAUUAAAACUUAUAAUAACUUUGAUUGAAUGAUGCUAAAUAAAGUGUAAUAUAACAAUGCAGUCAGUAAACAGUAAAAAACUCUGUUGCCAUGGUAACGUAAAUAUUGACGAACACAGCACGAUAGCUUCAUAAUAUCCCAAGAUAAAUUUUAGGAAAAGGUGCGAAGUUUGGUGGUCAUAGCUUGAACGGUUUUAAAGUAAUUUAGUUUUUUGCAGAGGGUUGAAGCCCCCACGUUCUGAAUAGGUUUAAGCCAAUAAAAAAACGGCGAAAUAUUUGAAUGUGUUAUGGGCUUUUGGUGUGAACAUUCCCAAUAUCUUUUUGUAAUUUAUCUACGAAUUAAAUAAACGUUGACAUUCAUUACUUCUUUCGUGAGAAAAAUUUUCCAAGUCUGAACCGUUUCUGUAAUUCCGAAUUUUCUGUGAAGUCUGAAAUGACCGCUUUUGAAAUACAUAUUUUAAUUUUUUGCAGGUUUUUAAGGUCCAUGAUUCAUCCUCUGCAUCUCCGGAUGACCAGCAGAAAGUCGCUGAAAGCAUUUUAAGCUUCUUUCAUGGUUUCGAAGCGUUUACUUUGCCAUCUCCCACCGUUGAUCCAGAGAUGCUUAAAAGCAUCAACGAUAAUAGAAGUCGGAUAAAUCCUUUGUUCCUGCGUGGCUUAGAGGCAUUCAAACGGCUACUUGGAGACAUUUUGACCCCUAAAAAGAGUUUCAAUGAAGGAGAGCUGGUUACAGGAGAAGGUAUAUAUCUGUUACUAAUCUGGAAAAAAAACGCUUUUCUUGAUGCCUUUAGAGUGAAACGAUAGACUGAAAAAACAUCCGUAUCUGUUGGCGCUAAUUAUACAGAAGGGUCUGGAGAGAGUUUAAGAAUGGGGAUUGAGACUGGAGCGCGCCUCGAUUGAGGGAUUUACCCUGAUUCUGGUGACGCUUUAACUCCUUGCCUAAGCGACUUUGAGAAAAAAAAGAAGCGACCGUUUAGCGGUCCAGUGAAAAGAACGCUUGGAAAGGCAGUUGCAUUCCCAAGCUGUUGCUUUACCAAGAAACUUAGUACUUGUCCCAGAACUUUUGUAAAUGAACUAUAGAUACAGUUUACGUCAUAGAAAGUGCAGCGUACGCGGUUAUAUUCCGAGGUGUUUGUGUCAAGGCUCGAACGAGCAAGGUACGAGCGAGUGAUGGCUUUUGACACAAACAACGAGUGAAUAUAACCUCGUACAAAGCACUUUCUUUGACGUAAGCUGUUUAUCAGACAUAUCACUACAAUUCUCACUGAAAUAGUUUUCUUAAUGUAACACAUAUUACUAAGAGCAAAUCACAAAUAGUAGAACCAAGUGCAAAUUUAAUAGCAAUGCAAAUCGCGCAGCACAUCUUGUCCUCAUCGUUCUGAACCAAAGAUUCACUUGCAAAAUUUUAAUCUAGUAAGUACAUUACAAAAGACAGACCUCAGCGACGUGCGUUUCUAAGAUUGUUCUCCGUCUUUCUUUCGAACUUGAAGUAGAAAAUUUACUAUUAACACGUCGAGAUCUCUUGCAUCAAUAUUUUCGAACUCUCUGGGCUCGUUCCUUGAAACUUAAAACUUUUUCAAGAACGAAACAUCUCUCUGUGUUUUGCUUAAUUUGUUCUUGUUUUCUUGAGCAGCGGCACAAACUCUUCUAAGGAGUAACCAACCAACACAAACCUGUUAAUAGUUUUCUUUCGUCCCCGCCAUUUUCUGUAGAAAAACUUGGAGGCGCCUCUAAAAAGCUGCCAAAUCUGGAAAUCCAUUUGAAUGCAAACGAUGAACAACUCUGAUUGGCUCAAAGGUAUUUACGCUGUCGUUGAAUGGCUAUACUUCCACGUGUGAAAACAGCUGUACCGCCCAUUCUGAUUGGCUGUAUAAGCUUUUGUCGCGUGUGAAAAUGUACAAAGGGUAUAAAUUUAUACAAAUAAACUUUAAGAAACAAAAGUCUUGGAAUACGUGUAAAAAAUCGCAAUUCUCUAUUCCAGUGGCCUGAAUAAAGUGCUGAUUUAUUAUCAUUUUCCAGGUCUCGCUGCUUUGGUUCAGUUUUACGUUCAAGCAAUUAAUAGUCCAGGAGUAAUUCCUAAUGUCCAGAAUGCCUGGGAAGCCUUUGUGGAGAUGAAGUGUUCCGACACUAUAAAAAGAGCCCUGGAAACUUACGAAAAUGUUAUGAAGUCAAAGCUGAAAGGCAAGCUUCCUUGUGAUAAUGAUGAACUACGUAAGGUACAUGGAACUGCAUUUGAAACAAGUGAAGCUUACUUCAUGGCAGAAACAGCGGGAAUUUCCACAAGCACCACUGAAACGUAUCUAAACAAACUAAAGGUUCGUUUAAAAGAUUCUAUUCAGAUCAGGGGUAGGUUGGGUUGUUGUUAGCAGGGUUGAAUGAAUGCCGAGAGUCCUGUUUUACGGAAUGUUUCACUAUCCUUGAUACCGCCGCCUCUGGAUUCCAGUUAAAGAUUAAGGAGGCGAUGGAGAAACCUAUAUUCUAAAUCAAUAGGUGAAUUAUGUAAACUUGUCACUUUCCAUGUAACUUAACUGAUAUUUCUGCUAUUUAUUUUCUCCUCGUUGUUGUUUUUCCACAUUUAGCUUCCACCGAAAUCGUUGUAAUUAGCAUUUUCAAAUUGUAACUACUUCUACAACUUAAGAUAUUCAAAUUGUAACGAGCUUCUACAACCGAAGAUGGCAUAAGUUUGCCGGAACAAUUGCAUUGUAAAUUGAAAACUGUAGAGUUUUUUUUUUUUUAAUUACUUUGAAAAUUUCAAAAUAAGUUAAGCUACCUAUUAUGCAGUUUAUACUUAUAACAGUAUCCAAUUAGUACAAUUUUCCGUGUAAAAUACCUCCACGCAAUCACAAUUAUCUAUAGUUGUGACCCCUCACGUGAAAACGUUCACUAACGGCCCUCUGUUAAACGGGUGAAUCGCACGGCUACUACCCUGCGAGCAGAGGUUUGGCUUUAAGCGUUUACGAAAGCGUUGGUGUCGCUUGCCGGUGAGUAAUCUCGUAGUUGGUUUGUAUACGUAUUAAUAUUAUUAAAAUUAAAAAAAAUCGAAAGCCCUGGUUACAAACGGCUUGCUUAUCGGUUCGAACGAGGCCAUCGGAUGGCUGAACGGAUUAUUAAGUAUUCCGAAGAAUAUGGAGAAGUUCCUUAGAAAUUGAUGUCCUGAUCCUUUAUGGAAUUCCAUGGAGGUAUUUUGCACGGGUUCAGUUUGUCUUUUUCUUUUCUGCUAACCAUUCCCGGUUUAGAGGGUCCUUUUUCUUUUGUCAGGAACUUUUAAGUGUGAAGUUGAUCGCAUGGCAGACCGAGAAUGCGAAGUUAACAAGAGAAUUAUGUAACGAUCUACUUACUCAGCUCAAACAGAAUCAUCUGGAUCCAGUCCUUCGACGACUGCAGGGAAAAGAAGCGGCCAAAAUGUCCUUUGAGGAGGUCAUUGCCGGGUACAAUAAGAUCAAAGAGGAUUACCACAAUUCCGCAAUCGGUGCCAAAGAUGUUAUUGCUGCUGUUUUCUUCGAAUUCCACCCAGUAAGACCCUACUUUACUAAUUAGCACUUUUUGAUAGUACUAUGAUUGGCUUUUCUUUCGCACGUAAUUCUACAAGAAACUAAGCAGGAAAAAGACGUGAUUUUGGUGUUAUCGUAGAAUAAUCGAAAGAAAAGUUGCCUUUGUCUACACUCUUAUAGAUUAUAAAAAUAACGUUUGAACGCCCUGAAAAUUUUAGCCUGAUAUUGAAAAAAUGACAACAUUACCAGCCCAUGCAUCGGUUAGACCAUUAGCACAGACGCAAGGAUAUAUGUAAGCCUUUCUGAUAGGCGGGUUUCUUUAGGGUUUCUUAUAAGCCUCACGACUGGCCUAUUUCGUACGUGUUCGUGAUGGUUGGGCGCAGUGACAUAUCAAAAUUCACAAAGAGGUUGGCAAGGAGCGUGUACAGUGAGCAGUUCGAACUUGAAAACCUUCUUCUGAACUAAAAAUGCUUUGAGGGAAUUCCUUCAAAGCCAAAAAAUUGGCGACCGGUUUUUCAGCGUCUUCCAAUCGCUGCUGAUGCACUCUCGAGUAUUCUGCCAUCUAGCUGACAGUUCUAGCGUCAAAAUAAUAAUAAUAAUAAUAAUAAUAAUAAUAAUAAUAAUAAUAAUAAUAAUAACAGUAACAGCAACAAAAUAUACAAUGUAGUUAUUCAGGUCAAGGCAUUUCGAAGAAAGCCAAAGAAACUGAGGUUAUUUAGCCACAAUAAGGAGCUUAAGGCUUUAACAGAGGUAAAAAAAAAAAUCAUUCAAUAGCAAACUGCCUCUGUGAUAAAAUCCUGUCAGAAAACACCUGAAGUAACGUAAACCACAGGAACUAAUUACUCAAUAUGCAUGGAACAGACCAGCUUUAUAACCUCUAAAAAUGGGGUUACUCAAAGCGGCAAAAAUAAGAUUUGCUCAGUCAAAGUUUAGAAUAACUCCAUACACUGCAUAAUCUAAGCAAAAAGAGAACAAAAAAAACCUUUUUUGUUCAAGGUGACUCUAAUGUCACGUUUCACAAUAUCACGAGCUCAUUCUCUCUUGUCACGAACUAUGAGUCGUGUUUGGCAUGUCAACACUUUAUUUCAAAUGAAACUUAUCACAAACGGCGUAAGAAACUAGCCAAUCAAAAACGCCGACAUAUGUCUUUGCGACUCUGCAGGAUUUGAACGAUGUUGUGCACUAAUACGCGGACACUCUAUGCAGAAGUUUAGAGUGUCUGCAACACAGGCUAACUAGGAAGUUGAUUCCCAUUUGAAAUAUAUUGUUUGGGGCCAGGGUCCUCUUUGUGAAAAAUGGCUAUGCGUUUUAAGAAGGAAAAAAAAAUUGGGUCUUAAACCUGGAUGGCCAUUUUCUCACUGUAAAGCAUUUUGAAAGACUUAGAAAUGGACGACAACCACAGUUAGCCGUCGGACCUUCUGUGCUCGUUAUUCGCAUGCGCUGUUUGACCUUUGUUUUUCCUCUUUCUUAUCAUUCUCAAAGGCUCUUUGUGAUCACUUCAGGAAUUGAUGACGUUUUUUGUGGCUAACCCCUUUUUCUUUAUAUUCGUUAUGUGCCCAGACGGUGGUAGUGAAGUUUUGAACAAGAAUUUCAGCUAUUGAAAGCGGAUGCUCACGCGCAGUAUGCUUGAUUUGUUUAGAUAUCUUAUUUAAGCGCACAAAAGAAUUGUACGUCGGGCUGACCUGAAGAAUAAAGUCCUUUCUCUAUUUUAUGGCUUGAUAUAUCAUAGGUUUUAAGCUUCUCCCUCUCCUUAUAUCGGUUGACCAUUUUAGCAUUCUAGUGGAAGCCUUAGAACUGCUGUCAGUUUUAACUGAUCACCCUUGACAGUAAAACACCUCUUGCCAGCAUUACGAACACAAAGCAGGAAGACCUGUUGUCUUCUUCUUUCAAUCCAACUCGAAAUCCGAACCUGCUAUUUCAAACAUGCAUUGACUGGAAAAAAUAGACCUUCAAGGCACCGACCAUUAUUGUUAGUUGUUUACGAGUGGCAAUAUUACCUUGACUAUUGUUUAUCUUCUAUACCAACGGUAGUUGUUUCAGUUGACCCUGUUCCAGGCUUUAAGAUGGUGGGGCGGGACGGAGCAAAGAAAGUUGAGCAGGGAAAACAGUAAGGUGGUAGAGUAGGAGGUGGGAGCCAUGGAACGCCUUUGGUACUUUUAAACAAACGCCUGUUCCGGUAUACUGGCUCAGAUUCUGUUAUACCCUAAGGCUUAGCCUGAAUUUCAUCCGAUUACUUUGAGUCGUUAUUACUCCCUCAGUAACGUCUGAAUCGACCGGCCGUUAAUGCCAUCCAGUGACGUCACUACUUCUUUGUUUUAAUUCAUGCGAAAAGUAAAACACGAUUUUCAAGUGGCAAACCAUGAAACAUCGUUUGGAAAUGUCUACAUGAUACAGAACUGCUUUACUCUUUUCGAUCGUAAUUCAUGUUUAACGUUCACACUAUCAACUGUAUGCAGUACUCUGAGCCGGUUGUAAUUCAAUAAUGAAACUCGGUCGCAAUCACGCAAUGAAAUAACUACACACACGGAACACUUAGUUCAAAAACACAACAAUUUCAUUUAAUUGAAAAAGAAAUAAAGCAAGGAAAAACAAAGCAAGCAAAAAAGAAAGGAAAGCUAACAGAAUCAUUACACUUGAUGGUGGAAUUGACAAGAAGGUCGAGCUAUAACUUAAGCCUAAAUCUCCGCUGAAACUUCGCAAUAGACAAAAUCACU